AUGGCCGAGGAACGUAACGUGAUAUUACUCAGUUCAGACAACGAGCAGUUUCAUGUGGAGUUCGAGGAGGCUUUGCAGAUGAAGUACGUUAAAAAUGUUAUCAAACUUCAAGGCGAUGACAAAAAAUUUAUAAAAGAUUCUGACAGUGACAGAGUUUUGACUGUCACAAAUGUUUCCAGCUCAAUUUUUAAAAAAGUCAUCGAAUACAUCAGAUAUCAUUUGGAAGCCAACAAAUCUAAUAAACCAAAGGAAGAAGUGAAAAAUUGGGAUACUCAGUUUGUAAAUGUUAAUGAACAAAUUCUUGUGAAUCUUCUUAUGGCUGCUGAUUUUCUGGACGUAAGCAAUCUUCUGGACUUGUUAUGUCAAACUGUAGCUGACAAGAUCAAAGAUUUAUCACCUGAGCAAAUUCGGGAGCGAUUUAACAUAAAAAAUGAUUUUACUCCAGAAGAGGAGGAUCAAAUCAGGCGUGAAAUUCAAUGGGCGUUUGAUUGA